ACAUGGUGACCCAAUUGAGGCAUUAAUUUUCAUAUGAAUGAUUAGUACAUUACCAUGGUGAUGGAGUAUUGGAGACCAUGGUUUUGGGGGCACACCGACAAGUACUACGUUGUUAAGUUGAGUCAAUUGAGGUUAGAAUUUGGAGCAACGUUGGGUGCUGCAAAUGACAAGAUAAUUGCAAUUCAGAUUACAGGAACAGCUACGAAGAAAGGGAAAGUUUCUUCUUCUUUUUCUUCUUCAACUCGUACCCAGAAACUAGGAUCCAUUCACACCACCUUCCCCCAAAGAUUCAUCAAUUCUAAGGCACCAACAAUCGUGUGGGACGCACGUGACUUCUGCGGGUUUCAUCUCUUGCUCAAACAUAGGUCCCUAAGUGGCACGUGCCAUAUGGCACUUCAUGUCUUACAUGGGGAGGGUGAUGUAGGAGAAUAUAAACCUGAAAUGGUGAUGGUUGGAGAAGUUUCCAUGAGCGUUACUAUGGCAGAGUUGAUGGAGGGGGAGGAGAUGAAGAAUGAGUCAAAUUGUUGUCAGGUUCAAAGAACACUUCCAAUCCAAUUGAAGGUGCAUGGGGUGUUCAUGGAAGCUACACUUUUGGUUUCAUUGAGCUUAUUGAAACUGAGAAAUUUUCAUGAUGACUUGCCUAGAGCAUUUGUAGACAAAGUGACAUGCCUUGGGGAGAAAAAUAAUGGGAAAGUUGAUGAUCAAGUUGAGCAAUGGAGUUCUUAUGAAUCGGAUGAGUUAUCUGUGUGUGAUUCAGAUGACUCAUCUGAUGAGUCCACCACUACAACCACAAGCAGUAGCAGCAGCAGUAGCACUAGCACUGCAAUUCACUGUAAUGGGUCAAGUGUUACAAGAUCAGAGAGGUUUGUGGACUCAGAUACAGAGACCUUUUUGGACACAAUGCAGAGGAGUUGGUCCAUGUUGCCAUGGAAUAGAAGCUUCGAGGGAUGGACUUUCAAAAGAACCUCCUCAAGUAAACGAGAGCCUUUGACCUCACAUUCAACUCAUUCCAUGGGACCAUACUUUGAUCACAAUAAAUGCACUGCAAGUGGCUGGGAAAAUAGGGAACUUUGGAGUAGAGAUGGGAAAACAAAGCUCAAAACCAAUGUGUUCUUUGCUUCCUUUGAUCAAAGAAGCAAAAAAGCAUGUGGUGAGAGUGCAUGUACAGCACUAGCAGUGUGCAUAGCUCACUGGCUUCAUUCCAACCACAACAUGCCAACAAGGGCUCAAUUUGAUAGCCUCAUCAAAAAGGGUUCCUCUAAAUGGAGAAAGCUGAGUCAUAGUGAUCACUACCUAAAGCUUUUCCCUGAUAAGCAUUUUGAUUUAGAGACAAUCUUGGAAGCCAACAUUAGGCCACUAGUUGUUAUCCCUCAAAAUUCCUACACAGGAUUUUUCUCCCCUGAGAAGUUUAAAUGCUUAGAAGGAGCCAUGUCCUUUGAUGAUAUUUGGGAUGAGAUAACUAGAAAUGAUGGUGUGGUUGAUCAUGAGCCAAGAAUUUACAUAGUGAGUUGGAAUGACCAUUUCUUUGUUCUGAAAGUGGAAGUUGAUGCUUGUUAUGUGAUUGACACUUUGGGGGAGAGGCUUUUUGAGGGAUGCAAAAAGGCUUUCAUGUUGAAGUUUGAUGGUUCAAGUUUGAUGCAUGCAAAGGGAAGUAAGAAAGGAAGAGGUGAGAUAGUUUGCAAAGGAAAAGAGUGUUGUAAAGAGUUCAUCAAACGCUUUCUUGCUGCCAUACCACUUAGGCAACUAGAAGAGGAAGAGCAAAAUAAAGGGACUGUCUAUAAUCCUUAUUUUCACAGGAAAUUGCAGAUUGACUUCCAUUAUAGUUUGUUAUCAUCCUUGUCUUCAGUUUCUUCAAUUGGUGAACCUUUACAACCUAAUUAUAUAGCAAGACAUUAGUUAUAUAACUCAAUUGCUAACCUUGUGAGUCUUGAGCAAUUGUUACAAUUAGAAAACCAAAAAACCCGGCUUCUUGUCUGAAGACAAAAUGUUCAGGUGAGAUAAGUCCUAAGCACUCAUUAGGAUAAGGUAAGCCUCAAAGCUUGAAGAGUGUUUAUAGAAAUACUUAUAGAUAACCUAUCAACAAGUUCCUUGCAUUGGUAAUAGGCUUCGAACUUAAAUUCUUGUAAGAUGAGUCUUAUUCUUAAAAACUAGACCAACUUUCGUUGGCAAAAACUCAGCUUCUUUUCUAGCAGAGUUUGCUGGCAGCUUCUUUUUGGUGACAACUACUACUAACCCUUUACAAAGUGUGAUUUUACUGGAUUGAGCAACCCAAAUAUCCAUUAGCAUCACUCAGAGAAUAAAACCUUUGAGGCUGAUUCUUGUUAACGUUGCUGUAUUUAGUGGAGUGGAUCUGAAUGAAAAAGAAAAGAAAUUGGUCUAGUGUAUGUACACAAGUCCUUGUACAUGUACAUUUAUGGUUUUAUUUUUUCCA